AAUUUGUGUCACGGCGCAGGCGUUUCUUUGGACAGGGGUCUUUAUCAAACGUAUACAGAAGCGACAGACUGAGAUUAAUAAUGGGAGAUGCUAGUGCCAGCAAUGGGGACGGUGCCGGAGACAGAAAGUCACCUUAUUUUGAGGAAUUCCAACACGAAGAGAUGUCACCAGGGCCGGAGGAACAAUUGAAACGCAAGAAUUUCGGAUGUUGCCACUGGGAGGGAUUUGGUCCGCGCCAAUUCGGCAUAUUCGCCGUGGUCAACUUAUGCGACUACGUGACGGCAUGGACGAUCAUGAUUCCAAUCUUUAUUGGGACACACCCUACCUGGAAGUGUCCGUCACCCUCCAUCGCCAGUUACAACGCCACGGGGCUCACUCCAACGGCAGCGGUGGCGGGAGACGAUGUGGUACGCAGCACGUGGACUACAGCGACCACGGAUGGGUUGAACGUGACGGGGAAUGGGACGGCGAUGGGUUACCUACAGAACGCGUGUGGGGCUGAUGGGUUGAUAUGCCCAGGCUAUAGAUAUGCGGAUAGGUCUCAUUCCAUUAUAUCAGAGUGGAAUCUGGUUUGCAAUCUUGACGGUAUAAGCGACCUGAUAACGUCAAUACAGAUGGCGGGGAUUGCGGUGGGGGCGGUCCUGAUCAGUCAGCUGGCAGAUACAUUUGGCCGGAAGCCGGUCUGGUUUACCACUAUCACGGUGAACGCGGUGGUCGGUUUCGCCAGUGCUUUCGCACCCCGUUGGGAGGUUUACGCCGCUAUACGUUUCUUCAGUGGAAUAUGCGCUGGUGGUCUCGGAAACCUGAAUUUCAUUUGGCCCGUCGAAUUCAUCGGCAUGAAAUGGCGGGUUCUAGGGGGUGCCAUCAACUUUUGGCAAGUUGCCGUAAUGAGCCUCGCUUUGGUGGCCUACUUCAUCCGGGACUGGAAGACACUGCUGAUGGUGACGUCACUGGUGCCUACCGUAGCUCUGUGGUUUUCCUACAGGUUUCUGACGGAGAGUCCCCGAUGGCUUGCCACUCAUAACAAGCUGGAGGAAGCAAAGAAAGUUCUGGCAACUUUGUCCACCUCGGAGGAAGACCACCCGAUGCCUGACCUUAUGCUGGGUGACUCAGAGCCAGCUGCAGAUGAGGAAAAAUCGUCACUCAGGAAAUAUAGUUACUGGGACUUGUUUAGGACGCCGCUUCUCACCAGGUGCACUUUAGUCUUGAUGUAUAAUUGGUUUAUAUACAGCGCCACCUAUUAUGGCCUUUCUCUUAACGUUAAAAACAUGCCAGGAGAUAUAUAUGUGAACACCACACUACUUGUCAUGUUGGAAUGGCCAGUGAAUGUGGCGAUAGUGUUUCUUAACAACAAGAUUGGUCGUCGUUUCACGCAUUUUGGGUUCAUGCUUGCUGGAGGGAUUUUCACGUUUUCCGUCAUGUUCGUGAAUGUUGCAGGUAAAACCGAAGAGCUGAGCGGUCUGGUAACGGCGUUGGCGUUGGUUGGUAAGGCAGGUGUGGCCGGGGCUUGGGCCGUGGGCUGGCUAUUUACUGCUGAACUCUUCCCAACAGUUGUCAGGACAAUCGGGUGUGGGGCGGCAGCAUUUUCUGGUCGUCUUGGAGGAGUGGUUGCUCCACAAGUGUCAUAUCUAAGCAAAGUCUCUCCGGCCCUACCAUUUAUAGUAUUGGGAAGUUGUAGUCUGGUAGGGGCUUUUCUUGGACUCCUUCUUCCGGAAACCAAAAACCGCGCUCUAGCGGACGAACUGCCGCCGUGGAACACGUGCUGUAGGCGGGACCUUGACAUUGAUGACGAUUUUGACGUCACAGACGAGAGCGUGAAGCAAGUGGAUACGAAAAGCAACGAAGUUCUUAUGGUAUCACAGAAUGGAAAAGUUUGAGUUGCCUCUGCUUGACAAAUUUAAACCAUUUCCUCUGCAUCCCAAGAAAGAAGAGAAACUCAGACAUCACUGCUAAAGGAAAUGAAGAGAUUUGAAGUCAAUACCAUUUCCAUACAUGCCUACGCGUGUUCAUCAAGCCAUAAAUGCCCAUGGGAAAUGACCUAUUACUACUGAAGCAUGUAGCAGAUUCAGAGGUUUGAUGUUCUCUUUUCAGAGCUUUAAUUUAUUACAUGCACAUGAAUGUCUCGGCAGGUUUUAAUGGCCUCAAAGUUGUCUCCUGUACAAACAGUUGAUCUUAUUUCUUUUUUUUUCUUUUUGUACGCAUGUAACAGCAGAGAGCAACCAACCUAAAAAAA